AUGGGUAGUAAACUUGAAACAGCAUUACGAGUGAUCGUUAUUUUUUGUGGAGUUGCAUUGGCAUGUCUAACGAUUCCCUAUUGGAUAUAUAUGAAGAUUGCCAUCGAUCAUGACUCUUAUGUACCGAUGGGUAUUUACAUUGCAUCUGCCAUCAUCCUUUUGAUUUUGGCAUUUUUGGGUAUAUUUGGUGCUAUCCGUAAGAGCAGAGGUCUCCUUUUAUAUUUUGCAGUAGUCAUGAUUAUGAUGUUUUUGUUUGGCAUUGCUCAAAUUAUUGUCACGGCAUUGGAUGUUGCCGGUUGUGGAGAUGAUCCAAGCAGCAAUUUUAGUUUCUUGUGUUCUGUCAAUACUGUUGGUUAUUAUGUUCCAGUUGGUAUUUUACUUUUCAUCAAUAUCUUUGGUGCAGUCAUGGCUCUUUGGUUACGAUACAAGUUGGUUCAUGAUACUGAAGGAAAAUAUUAUUAA